AUGCGUGUCUCGCUUCCGGUAUAUCCACGGUACAAGACGCGCGCUGAGGUAGCCACCUUGCGGUGGGUGUCAGAGAACACCAAGGUCCUGGUCCCCAAGGUGUUUAGUUUUGAUGACAGCAACGACAAUGAGAUUGGGUACGAGUGGAUCCUCAUGGAACUUGUGGAGGGCACAUCGGCAUCUAGACGGUGGCGGACCAUGUCGAUGGAGCAAAAGGUGGCGCUUACGAAGCAGAUUGCGGCCUACCAGGUGGAGUUGUCGGGAGUUGGGAAGCUGGGGUCCAUAUUCAGGAGCAUAGGGACUUUAAGUACGAGCGAGGUCCGACAAAAAACAGGCGUUGGAGAUGCGGAAAAAGUUGUCCCUGGCCUACUGGUAUCCAGUAACUUCUUUAUGGGCGAUCACCUUCAUUACGAUAUUGCGCGGGGUCCCUUCCGCUCUAGCCAUGACUGGCUGAGCGCCGAGUUGAAUAUUAUCCUCAUGCACAAGACAGCAGUUCUCGAAAAGACGGAGGAUGAAGACGCCAAGGAAGACGCCGAGACGGUCUUGCUAGUAGCAAGAAAACUUCACUCUCUUGUUCCCAAGGUUUUCCCCCCGCAUGUAGACGAGCCGGAGACAACAGGACUCUACCACCAUGACCUCCAUCUAAACAACAUCCUAGUAAACGAAAAAGGCGAAAUCACGGCCAUUUUGGACUGGGAAUGCGUCUCGGCAUUGCCCCUCUGGAUGUUCACCAAGGUUCCUAAGUUUCUUGACGGGCCAGUUCGGGAGGAGAAGCCGCAGCGGGAUAUGUAUGCGGAUGAAAUACCCAAAGCGUCUGCCGUCGCAGCUAGAAAGCGUAAUAAGCCGGACUACUUGGACAGCGAUGGCAAGAAUGAGCUGUAUUAUAUUCACAGGAUGGAAUACGAGCUAACAAAGCUGCGGAAAGUCUACGAGGGCAGGCUGAAGGACUUGUGGCCGGAGUGGCCUUAUAAGGAGAGCUAUGUGAAGAUUGACUUCUUCCAGGCAAUCUCGCAAUGUGACGGGAUAUGGGUGAAGAAAGCGCGCGGAUGGGCCGAGUAUAUGGAAAAGACGAUGUGCUCUUUGCGAUAA